AUGUCGGCGCUGUGCGACCCCCCCGGGCCCCCGGCCCCGCCGGGCCCCGCUCCGGCCGCCCACGGCCCCGCCGCCCUCAGCGCCCAGGAGCUGGCCCAGGAGAUUAAGGCUUUCCUGACGGGCGUGGACCCGGUGCUGGGCCACCAGCUGUCGGCCCGGGAUCACGCCCGCUGCGGCCUCCUGCUGCUGCGCGCCCUGCCCCCGGCCCGGGCGGCCGUCCUGGACCACCUGCGGGGCGUCUUCGACGAGAGCGCGCGGGCCCACCUGGCGGCCCUGGACGACGGGGCCUCGGCCGGGCCGCCCCACCCGCGCCCGCCCCCGCCGCCCCACGCGCCGCCGGCGGGGCCCGGCCUGGAAGACGUGGUGCAGGAAGUGCAGCAGGUCCUGUCCGAGUUCGUCCGGGCCAACCCCAAGGCCUGGGCCCCCGUGGUCAGCGCCUGGUCCAUCGACCUCAUGGGGCAGCUGAGCAGCAAGUACUCGGGGCGCCACCAGCGCGUGCCCCACGCGGCCGGCUCCCUCAACGAGCUGCUGCAGCUGUGGAUGGGCUGCGGGGCCACCCGCACCCUCAUGGACAUCUACGUGCAGUGCCUCUCGGCCCUCAUCGGGAGCUGCCCGGACGCCUGCGUGGACGCCCUCCUGGACACCUCGGUCCAGCACUCCCCGCACUUCGACUGGGUGGUGGCCCACAUCGGCUCCUCCUUCCCCGGCACCAUCAUCUCCCGGGUCCUCUCGUGCGGGCUCAAGGACUUCUGCGUCCACGGGGGAGCCGGGGGCGGCGGCGGCGGCGGCGGCGGGGGGCCGGCGGGGGCGGGCGGCGGGCCGGCGGCGGCCGCCGCCGCCCCCGGGGACCCCUUCCCCGCCGCCCCGGCCGCCGGGGAGAAGCGGGUGCCCAAGAUCGCCUCGGUGGUGGGGAUCCUGGGGCACCUGGCCUCCCGCCACGGGGACAGCAUCCGGCGGGAGCUCCUGCGCAUGUUCCACGAGAGCCUGGCGGCGGGGCCCGGCGGGCGGGGGGGCGACCCGGCCUCGCAGGCCACGGUGCCCUUCCUGCUGCAGCUGGCCGUCAUGUCCCCGGCCCUGCUGGGCACGGUCUCGGGGGAGCUGGUGGACUGCCUGAGGCCGCCGGCCGUCCUCGGCCAGCUGCAGCAGCACCUGCAGGCCUUCCCGCGGGAGGAGCUGGACAACAUGCUGAGCCUGGCCGUGCACCUGGUCAGCCAGGCCUCGGGCGGCGGGGCCUACCGCCUGCUGCAGUUCCUGGUGGACACGGCCAUGCCGGCCUCGGUCAUCACCCCGCCGGGCUCGGCCGUCCCGGACGCGGUGCGCGAGGCCUGCGACCGCCUGGUCCAGCUGCUGCUGCUGCACCUGCAGAAGCUGGUGCACAACCGGGGCGGGGGCGGGGGCGGGGAGGGGGGCCCGCCGCCGCCCCCGCGGCCGGUGCCCUUCCUGGACGCGCUGCGGGGCCACGUGGCGGAGCUGUGCGCCGAGACCCUGCGGCUGGAGCGGAAGCGCUUCCUCUGGCAGCACCAGCUCCUGGGCCUGCUGUCCGUCUACACCCGGCCCAGCUGCGGGCCCGAGGCCCUGGGCCACCUGCUCUGCCGGGCCCGCACCCCCGAGGAGCUGAGCCUGGCCACGCAGCUCUUCGCGGGCCUGGCCGUCAGCCUGGCGGGCCUGCUGCCCUCGGCCCUGCGGGGCUGCCUGGCCCGGGUCCACGCCGGGGCCCUGCCGGCCCCGCUCACCGCCCGCCUCCUGCACAACCUGGCCCUCCUGGUGGGCUGGGAGCAGCAGGGGGGCGAGGGCCCCGCGGCCCUGGGGGCCCGCCUCGGGGAGGCGGCCGCCGCCCACCUGCCGGACCUGGCCCCGCUGCUCCUCCACCCCGAGGAGGAGGUGGCCGCCGCCGCCGCCGCCCUGCUGGCCGCCUGCCCCUUCCCGCGGGGGGCCCUCCCGCCGGCCCCGCUGCUGGGCCUGGUGCGGGCCGCCGUGGGCCGCUUCUUCGCCUCCCUGCGCCGCCGGGGGCCCCCCGGCGUGGCCCCGCCCGCCCGGCUCCUGGCCCGCCUGGCCCGGGCCUCGCCCGCCGGCCUCAAGGCCGUCCUGCAGCUGCUGGUGGAGGGCGCCCUGCACCGCGGAAACGUCGACCUGUUCGGCGGCGAGGCGGAGGGGGCCGGGGGGCCCGCCCCGGCCCCGCCGGCCCCCGCCUCCCUGCUGGACACCAACAGGCGCCACACGGCGGCCGUCCCGGGGCCCGGGGGCGUCUGGUCGGUCUUCCACGCCGGGGUCAUCGGCCGGGGGCUGAAGCCGCCCCGGGCCGCCCGCUCGCGCGCCCGCGAGGAGGUGGCCUACAACACGCAGACGCUCCUCGGCCUCCUGGCCCGCUGCUGCUGCUGCGGCGGGGCCGGGGCCGGGGCCGGGGGCCGCUGGGGCGCCCCCGCCCUCAGCCCCGAGGCCGCCAAGGCGGUGGCCGUGACCCUGGUGGAGAGCGUGUGCCCCGACGCGGCCGGCGCCGAGCUGGCCUGGCCCCCCGAGGAGCACGCCCGGGCCACCGUGGAGCGCGACCUGCGCAUCGGCCGCCGCUUCCGGGAGCAGCCGCUGCUCUUCGAGCUGCUCCGGCUGGUGGCCGCCGCGCCCCCGGCCCUCUGCUACUGCUCCGUGCUGCUGCGCGGGCUCCUGGCCGCCCUGCUGGGCCACUGGGAGGCCUCCCGCCACCCGGACACCGCCCGCUCGCCCUGGCAGCUGGACGCCUCCUGCGCCCUGGUGGCCCUCAUGGCCGAGGGCAGCCUGCUGCCGCCCGCCCUGGGCAACAUGCACGAGGCGUUCGGCCAGCUGGCGCCCUACGAGGUGCGCCUGCUGCUGCUCAGCGUCUGGGGCUUCGUGCGCGAGCACGGGCCCCUGCCCCAGAAGUUCGUCUUCCAGCCCGAGCGGGGCCGGUUCGGGCGCGACUUCUCCCGGGAGGGCGGCGGGGACGGCGGCCCCCACCUGGCCGUCCUGCACAGCGUCCUGCACCGCAACAUCGACCGCCUGGGCCUCCUCUCGGGCCGGUUCCAGGCCGCCCCCGCCCCGGACGGCGCCACGGGGCCGGUGCCCUCCUGACGCGGGGAGGGGAGACGGGGAGGAGACGGGGCGUGGGGCUUCCGGGCCCCCGCAGCGGGAGGGGAUCCCUCCGGC